AUGUGCAACAAGACCUCUUCCAACCCCGACCGCGUGGUCCUCCCCGCAAACGUCACGCCCUCGCACUACACCCUCACCAUCACCCCCGACUUCAAGGAGUUCACCUUUGGCGGUUAUGUUGAGAUAAACGUGACUAUCCACGAGGCUACCAAGACGGUCAAGGUUAACACCAAGGAUCUCACUCUCAAGACCACCAGCAUCGAGAUCGACGGCAAGACCCACGAGCCCGUCUCGACUACCCACGAUGAGCAUCACGAUACCACCACCUUCAACUUUGAGCAUGAGCUCCCCAAGGGCUCUGCUGUCCUCCGUAUUCUCUACGAUGGUAUUUUGAGCGACAAGAUGGCUGGUUUCUACCGCUCCUCCUACAAGGAUACAGAGGGCAACACUAAGUACAUGGGUGUAACCCAAUUCGAGGCCACCGAUGCCCGUCGCGCUUUCCCCUGCUGGGAUGAGCCUUCUGCCAAGGCCACCUACUCCAUUUCCUUGGUCGUCCCCACCGAGCUGGUCGCUCUCUCGAAUAUGCCCGUUUCUUCGGUUACCCAGGUCGAGCCCGAGCAAAAGACCGUCAACUUUGAGAAGACUCCUAUCAUGUCAACCUACCUUGUCGCUUGGGCUGUCGGAGAGUUCGAAUACAUUGAGACCACGACGACCAAACUUGAGAAGCCAGUCACCUGCCGUGUUUACACUCUUCCUGGCUUGAAAGAGCAGGGUCGCUUCGCCCUCGAGAUCACCCCCAAGGUUCUCGAGUACUUCUCUGAGAUCUUCGGCACUGCCUACCCUCUGCCCAAACUCGACCAUCUCGCUGUUCCCGAUUUUGAUGCCGGCGCCAUGGAGAACUGGGGUCUUGUCACCUACCGUACUGUUGCGUUGUUGUUUGAUGAGAAGACCUCUGAUUUGCGCUUCAAGGAGCAGGUUGCUGUCACUGUUGCUCACGAGAUUGCUCAUCAGUGGUUUGGAAACUUGGUCACAAUGGAGUGGUGGGAUCAUUUGUGGUUGAACGAAGGCUUCGCCACCUGGGUCGGAACCUUGGCUGUUGAUCACCUCUUCCCUAAGUGGGACACUUGGUCAACCUUCGUGGUUGAUGACAUGCAGCGUGGUAUCGGCUUGGACUCGCUUCGCAGCUCCCAUCCUAUUGAGGUCCCCGUCAACGACCCUCAUGAGAUCCACCAAAUCUUCGAUGCCAUUUCGUACUCUAAGGGCGCCUCUGUCAUUCGCAUGUUGAGCAACUGGUUGACUGUCGACGUGUUCUUGGCUGGAAUUCGUCGCUACCUUAAGAAGCACGAAUAUGAGAAUGCUACCACUGACGACCUUUGGAACGCCCUGUCGGAGGAGUCCAAGGUUGACGUCCGCGAGUUCAUGAACACCUGGACCCGUGUCAUUGGUAUCCCUAUCUUGGAUAUCAAGGAAACCGAUGGCGUCGUCACCGUGGAACAGCACCGCUUCCUGUCGACCAACGAUGUUAAGCCCGAAGAGGAUGAGACUAUUUGGUGGGUACCUUUGGGUGUUCACCCCAAGCCAGCCUCGAUCGCCGACCCCAACCAGACUCUCAAGAGCCGCUCCCUGUCGUUCGAGGUUCCCGAAAGCGCCUAUCUGUUCAACAAAGACUACAGUGGUGUCUUCCGCACCAACUAUCCACCCAGCGCCAUCAGCCGUAUCGGAAAGGCAAUCCUCGAAGGAUCUGACUUGGUUGGCUUGAGUGACCGCGCUGGUCUUGUUGCCGAUAUCGCCUCGCUCUCAAAGUCUGGUCACACCGCCACGAGCAACUUCCUGGACCUGGUUCAGUACUAUAAGAACGAGGAGACAUACGUUGUCUGGGAGCUCCUUGCAGGUCGUGUUGGCGAGAUUGCGUCGAUCUUUGCGGAUGACGAGCGCAUCAACCAGGGGAUCAAGCAUUUCCAGCGAAACUUGGUUGAUCGCAUGGUCAGCAAGCUGGGAUGGGAGUUCCCUGAGGGCGAGGACUACUUGACGAGCCGUCUUCGUAACGUUAUCUUGCGCUCUGCCGGUCGCGCUGGCCACGAGGCCACCGUUGCUGAGGCUAAGCGUCGUUUUGCCCUGUUUGUCUCUGGCCCCGCACACGAUUCUAUCUUGCACCCUUCGAUCCGCCAGACGGCGUUUGAGAUCGUCUUGUCUCAGGGUGGCGAGGAGGAGUUCCGCCACAUCCUCAAAUACUUCCAUGAUGCGCCCAAGCAGGAUCAGCAGGUCAUUGCUCUCCUCGCCCUCGGAUUCGUUCAGCAGCCUGAGUUGAUUGCCGAGGUUCAGGCUCUGGCGAUCUCAGAGUCCGUUCGUCCCCAGGAUAUCUUCUACGUCCUUGCGGGUCUCUCUGCCAACCCUGCUUCGCGUCGUGCUACUUGGGAUUGGGUCAAGGCCAACUGGAACACUCUUGCGAACCGCUACAAGUCGUCGAUGUCGAUGCUGGGUGCCUGUGUCAAGUACCCUCUUUCACAGUCGUCGGAUGUUACCAUUAUUAAGGAGGUCAAGGAGUUCUUUGCUGACAAGGAUACUAAGGACUUCCAGCGUGCUCUUGACCAGGCUCUGGAAGGACUCGAUGUCAACUCUGCCUGGGUCGCCCGCGAGCAGCAGGGUCUUUCUGAGUGGUUGUCCGCCAACAAGUACUAA